AUGGUUGCGCAGCAGAUAACUAUCCCUGAUGUUAGAGAAAGGACAUUCGAAGAGAAUGCAGUAAUGGAGAUUAAAGCACAGGAAGAAACAGGACUCCACCCUGCUUGGCUUGCAAGUCUUAAUGGUCCAAACAACGUUCGCGGUCUGUCUCUUGGUCAAUUGAACAACAUUCCAUUUGCCAACCUUCCUUUCGGCUAUCCGUUCGGACUAAAUGCUGGUAUUCCUCCCGCCCUGCAAGCCCAUCUCUUGAUGGGAAGACCUCUUCUAAACGCGUUUUCUGGCCUUCCUAACACCACUCGCCUUUCACAAAACACGCCCGCUUUGGCUCAGUUUGCGCCUGGAAUCCAAGCUCUACAAGGCAAUCCUUCACAACAGCACUACAUGUCAAGCAAAGAAAGUGGAAUGCCUAGUGCUACCGAGAUCAAGGAAGCAAUUGCUACUCUAGCAGCAGCUGCUGCUGCGCCGACAGGUCCAAUUACAUCCGCUCCAAUACAGUCUACUACUACUGGCACAUCGCAGACUUCUCUACCAACCGUUGUCUUCAUGGAAUGUGACAGAGAGAGUCUAUCUGAUUACCAGUGCUUGUUGCGAAAACAAAUCGAGCUCUUCGAAGCAUCUGCACAAGAUGUUCAAUGGAAUGCUCAAGGACGAAACAAGCCUAUUGUGCUAGGGCAAGUCGGCAUUAGGUGUAGAUGGUGUGCCAAUCUUCCUACUUGGUCUAGAUCAAGAGGCGCUGUCUAUUACUCUGCAACUUUGGACGGACUUUACCAAGCCGCUCAAAACAUGGCCAAGAACCACAUCUGCAAGAACUGUAGAUACAUACCAGCAGAUGCCAGCCAAGAACUGACUAGCCUGCGGGAAUGCAAGCGCAGAGCUUCCGGGGGGAAGAAAUACUGGGCAGAAGGGGCAAAGGUACUCGGAGUCUACGAAUGUGAAGAUGGUUUGCGGUUUAAGAACUCCAAGACCCCAGUAGUACCGCCCACCAAACGCAUUGAAAUUGAACAAUAA